CUGUUGAUCGAUCGUUCACCUUGAACGCAUGUCGUAUCUGGCACAAGUCCCAACCAAUACCAAGGCUUAUUCUUGCCAAGACGUUGCGGAUGAACCUCAAUUGCAUUGAGAAGCUUUAUUUCCAAUUCUUCCCAGACUUCCCCACAGUGACAGUUUCAUGUGGUAAGACCAGCUGACAUAAUCAAGUGAUCAUCCCCCCCUUUGGCUGGUGCAUCCCCCUUCCUGGCAGGGCUUGAGAGCAAGUUUCGCAAAGCCUUUUCGUCUUACUCACACCUGUAGCAGGUCUUUUAAGCUGGCAAUUUUCCUUUGAGCCUCAUCGGCAUAACGAACGGGUCAGCGUGCACUUAUUUGUCCAUAAUUCGCCUGCUCGGAUAUUAGUUCCAUCUACAAAGUGUUACAUUUGUGACUAUUUUAAAGGACUGCGCUUUGAGACCAAAAUAAAGAAAACAUGGACACAUCCCGUAAAACUUCCUGGCAGAUCGCCCAGCCAUUUGUCACUGGCGGACUUGGAGGCAUGAUUGCUACGGCUGUUAUCCAGCCUGUUGAUAUGGUCAAAGUUCGCAUGCAACUGGCGGGGGAAGGCACAAAGAAUAUUCAUCCAAACCCAUUCCGUUUGGCGGCCGAUAUCAUUCGGAACGAAAAGUUUACCUCCCUCUACCGUGGGCUCUCGGCCGGCUUGCUCCGUCAAGCCACAUACACGACUGCUCGAAUGGGUCUUUUCAACACCUUCCUUUCCUCAGCAAAGGAAUACAAUGGAAAUGAUAAGGUCACUUUCUCACAACGUGCUCUAGCUGGACUUGCUGCUGGCGGCUUGGGUGCUAUUGUUGGAACCCCUCCAGACUUGGCGUUGGUCAGGAUGCAAGCGGAUGGAAUGCUUCCCGCUGCUAAACGUGCGAAUUACACAGGGGUUAGCAAUGCCCUGACACGCAUCGUUCGAGAAGAAGGCUUUUUUUCUUUGUGGAAUGGAGCUGGACCAACAGUCGCCAGAGCUAUGGCACUUAAUCUUGGCAUGCUUACAACCUACUCACAUACGAAAUCUGAGCUGGAUCGCAUCUUGGGUCCCGGUGCCCUCUCCAAGUUUGGCUCCUCUGCUGUAGCUGGAUUCUUUGCUUCUUUCAUGUCGCUUCCCUUUGAUUUCAUCAAGACAAGAUUACAAAAGCAACGUCCCGAUGUCCAGGGGAAUAUGCCUUACAAGGGUACCAUUGAUUGCGCGCUCAAAGUAAUCAGGAACGAAGGUCCUUUGGCGUUCUAUAGGAGUUUCCCUGUGUACUAUAUCCGUAUUGCACCACACGCAAUGCUCACGCUUUUGAUCGCUGAUGGUCUGAAUUCAGCAGUUGCUACCCUCGCCGCAGGAAGCACACGGCUGCGUAAAGAAGAGCAGCGAGUGUAAACUUCCUUCGUAACAUCAUUUACCUGUUUCAUCCAGGGCCUGACAGCAGAAAGUCUCAGCGGCCAGGGUUAUGUAGAUUUGUAGAUUGCGAUGACUUUCCAAAGUGUGGGCAAAAUUACCAGAAUAGUUUCAGUUGUUUUUCCUUUUUGUCCUUGCUAUGUUUGCAACAUUAAUUCUUGGAAUUUAAAGAAGUUUACUCGUACA